AUGAGUGCGCCCGCGAAGCAGACUUCACGAUGGGGAUCGUUCUUGCAACAAGCGGUUGCCGGAGUGGAAUCCAGGCUGGAUAACAUCCUCGCUGAGGAUGAGGGUCCUACAACUGCGAAGAAACCCGUUCCUACACCUGCGGCCUUGGCUGCCCCGAAGUCAGAAAAUGUUUCCCGUACGCCGUCUACGAAUAGGACGAAUGAUCGAUUACAGGAACGCCUGGCUAGGGCCAUGGCUGCGAAGAAUAAUGCGCAGAAAGCUGAGAAGGCCGAUUCAUUAGCUCUGUCAUCGGGGGUUCCUUCGAGGACUGAGAGUCCAGCUAAUGUGGGGGAGAGUCCGAGACAAAGUAUGGACACGGAGCCGAAGAAUGAAGUAGAGGCAGAAAGGAUAGAGACCCUUAUACCUACAGAUGAUACUACGAAAGAAACACCUUCGAUCGAACUUUUACCAGCUGUCAAGGAGACAUCGAGCCCUGAACAUGCGCAACAAAUACCCAAUGGGCUCUCUGCGAAACCCGAGGAUGAAGCAUCCCCUCGUCCGUCGGCGGAAUCUACCAGAUCAAGCUUGCCUCGAGCUUCUCUAGAAUCAACAAACCGACCGGAAUCUUUACCGCGGUCUUCUUUAGAUACCGCAGCCAGAAAGUCGUUGGAGGCCAGCUCUGCGACAAAAUCACCGGAUGACGUUGACGCGCGUCUUGCUCAACUCCAAUCUGAUUUCGAGACCUCUGAAUUGCAAAGACAGGAGGAGGUCCAUGACUACAUCGAGCGUAUUGAUGCUUUACAGUCUAAACUGCAGUAUUUGGCCAAGGAAAGCGCAGAAGCUGCAAAGAUUGCAGGUACCUCAGCUCCAGCUGGGAGCUUAGAGAAGAGACUUGCUAGCAAGGACGAGCAGAUCGCCCUGUUAAUGGAAGAAGGACAGAAACUUUCCAAGAAGGAACUGCAUCAGAUGACUAUUAUCAAGAAAUUACGUGCAAAAACACAAGAAGAUGCUAAAGAGCUAGCCGAAACGAAGAAGAAGCAGGAAAAGGCGGAGACGGAUGCUUCAUUGGCGCUAGACAGAUUUCGACGAGCUCAAGGAUCAGAAAGGCAACUGGGCGAGAAGCAGAAGCAGAUUUUCCAGCUGCAAAAGGAUCUCGAUGCAGCGAGAAGCGAGAAGUCAUCCAAAGAUUCGAUAAUCGCCGACUUAAGGAAGCAACUAGAGGAUGCUGCAGCUCAGGAGAAAGAGGCCGAGGCCAACGCCGCCAAUGAAGCACUGGAACUUGAGAAGAAACGUGUAUUAGAGCUGGAGGAGAAUCUGGCGAACUUGAGCAUCGAGAAGAGUCUUGCUGUCGAAAGAGUUCAGAGUCAGAUGAAAGAUUUACGAGAAAAGAUGGACAAAGAAGCCGAAAGAGCACGUAUGAUGGAGCUUGAAGCUAAGUCGGAGCAGCAGAUGCUCGAAAGUAAGCUGGAAGUAAUGCGCGCGAGAGCAGAGGAGGCAUCAUCAGGUACAGGCGGAGAUGCUCAGGCGAAGUUAUUGCGCCAGAUUGAGACGCUGCAGAGUCAGUACGCUGUUGCUAGUGAAAAUUGGCAAGGUAUAGAGGCUUCUCUUGUUGCGCGUGCCACCAGCCUAGAGAAGGAGAGAGACGAAGCAGCUAAAAGAGAAGCUGACAUCAGGCGUAAAGCCCGAGAAGUGACCCUCAAAGCUAAACGUAACGAAGAAGAGUUAGAAGAGACUAGAUCUCAGCUUCCUAGCUUUGAACAAGAGCUCGCUCAACAGAGAUCCAAGCUUGAGAAUCUACAAAAGCGAGCAGAAGAUGCUGAGGCCGCUUUGAAAGCAGCAAAAGCUUCGUUUGAUCGGGAGAAAAAAUCAUGGCAAGCAGAAGUAUUACAGCGGGUUGAAGAGGAAAGACAGAAAUGGCAGGAAGAGGCCGGGUCCUUCGUCAACAGCCGAGCAGAGUCUCCUGCUGCGUCUAUGCGAAGAGGUUUGACAACCGAAUACCUGGGUCUCCAAAAUCUACAAAUGCGACGAGCUUCCGCUCGUUCUGUCAAUAGUGACAAUCCGCCUACACCCACAGAACGAAUUUUAGGUCGCCGUCCGUCAGCAGCACCAAUUGGUAGAACAUCUGGUAACGCUACUCCUCCUCCGCAGAGGCAGGACUCUAUGCAGUCAUUCCUCAGAGAAAACGGCGAGACACACGAUACCCCGCCAGCCCAUAACGAACACGAUGAUUUCUUCGAGCACGUCAUGUCUCCAGCUUCUCCCCGCGAGACGCUGAAUGACAUAAUAUCUGUCUCGACAGCGGGCGCCGGCCCUUCAGUCCAACUCGUCGAACGAAUGAGCUCUGCAGUCCGUCGUCUCGAAAGCGAAAAGGCUGGCACCAAAGAAGAACUUGCACGUCUUGCUGCCCAGCGUGAUGAGGCUCGUGCUGAGAUUGUGGCACUGAUGAGGGAGGUUCAGGUGAAGAGGGACCAAGAAUCACGUAUCGCUGAGUUAGAGAAGGAAUUAGGAGUUGUCAAUGAGAGAUAUGAGACUACGCUUGAAAUGCUGGGCGAGAAGAGCGAGCUGGUGGAUGAACUGAAGAGUGAUAUCCAAGAUAUCAAGGCGAUGUAUCGGGAGUUGGUUGAGAGGACUGUCAAAUGA